AAGGAAGAGAAAAUAAGACAUUUUUACGCAGUUUAUCGUCUGGCGAUUUCAGUAAACGAGACAUAAAUUUAUUCGAUGAGCAAAAAUACGUGAGACGCACUUUAUCAUGUUUAAGUAUCACAGGAACAUAUUGAUAUCAGAUAACUGACCAGUGUGAAAAUGAGGGACGGGUGUGUGGAAAUAUAGACGAAAAUGGAGGUGAGUGGUCGAAAGCAUAAAGGGUCAUUCAAGGACUCUGCAGAAAUUUCGUCUGCUGAAGAUGGUGAAGUCUUCUGUCAACCAUGUAGCAGUGAUGGGGACAGGAUGGUUGCCAAGGGUUACUGCGAAAACUGCAACGAAUAUUUGUGUGCUACGUGUUUGAAGGUUCAUCGUAAACAAGCGAUGUCCAGAAAUCAUAAAGUCCUUGAAGGUGGAAACAUGCUAAAGGCCCGGAUGUCAUCUGUGACACUUAAUUCUUGUUCUGAGUUGUGUGUUAGACAUACAAAUGAGAUAGUAAAAUUCUAUUGCUCGGCACAUGAUGUGGUUGGGUGCGGGGAUUGCAUAGUUCUGGAUCAUAAAUUGUGUAAAGUGGAUCGUAUACAAGAUAUAUCUAUGAACUACUUCCAUGGUGCUGAACAUCAAGAACUCCAACAGAAGGUAGACCAGUUCCUGAAAAACAUAGAACAAGUAAACAGACAGAUACAAACCAAUGACAAAAACAUACAACAAACAUACAUCAAAGCAGUAAACGAUGUAAAAUCAUUCAAGAAAGAAAUACUGGAAUAUUUGAACAAGGCAGAGGCGGACAUGUUGGCGGUAUUGAACAAAAGGAAAAGGAGUGACGAAAAACUGAUGUCAGAUCUGAAAGAACAUGAAAAGACCACGAGAGGUAAUAUCCAAGAGUUGCAUGAGAAACUACAACUACAGUUAAAUCAAGCAAACGAAUUAUUUGUAGCUGCGAAAGAAACGAAGGAAAGAGUUACGCGCAUAGGUGACAGCAUAAAGCAAUUGCAACAAGACUGUAAGUACAAGCAGUAUGUAUUUGUUUGUUGUAAACACGUCAAAGACAUGUUCAAGUCUCAAUCUCAUAGUAUACUAGGUGAACUUUUGAUAUUGAAAGAUAUUGCAGAAGCGGAACCGCAGUUUGAUAGUGAAAUUGGAAUAAAGGCAUCGGAUGACACGGAAGAUUGUAAGAUUUUCGCCUGUGCUCUUAUUUCGUUCAAUCGGAUAAUAUUAGCAGAUCUUAGUAAUAAAUGCUUGAAAAUUGUUGAUAUUGAAAAUGGAAAUAUAGCAGAAAAAUACAAACUUAAAAGCGGACCGUGGGGACUGGCAGUUAUUACUAAGAAUCGUAUUGCCGUUACACUUCCUGAUGAACAGAAAAUACAAUUUCUGACACUUACUCAGUGUGACAAAAUCACUGAAAGCAACACCAUUAAAGUGAAAGGCGCGUGUACAAGAAUUGCUUGCCAGGAAAAUAAGAUAAUGGUGUUAUACCGUGAUCAUGUUGUAAUUCUGAAUAUGGACGGGGAAGAGAUAAAAGCUAUAUCCAAUUCUUAUAUGGAAUUUCUUGUGGAUAUUGCUCUUGACUCUGGUUAUUUUUAUGUUUCUAAUAGAGUGUUAAGAAGAAGUUGUGUUUUCAAAUUUGAUCUUGAAGGAAAUCUUAUUGCAACAUACAAUGAUAAAGAUCUAUCAGAUGUUAGAGGACUUUGUGUAACAAGAGAUGGUAAACUUCUUGUAUGUAACUGGGAAUAUGGUGGAAAUAUUUAUAUGAUUUCACCAGAGUGCCAGAAAAUAAAAGCAGUUUUGAAGCAAAAUGUUCGUGUAAGACGUCCAUAUUGCAUUUCGUUCUGUGAUGAAACCAACAAACUUUUUGUUUUUAACAAUGAAAGUAAACUUGAUCCAAAACUGAAGAACGUUUUAAACAUAUUUCAAUUCAAAUAAUGCCAAAAUUAAUUAGGACGUUCAGAUCCACGUGGAACAUUAUUUUCAGCUGAAACAGUCACACAAUAUGAAAAAGUCAGAUCACGCAAUGAUUUACCAUUCAAAGAUUCUGACGGCACUCACUUACUAUACAAAUACAUAGGAUCAUGUAUUUAGUAAUCAUAGUUGUUUGUCUUUAAACGAAAAUUAUCUUGCCUGCAAUUUUCUAAGAUAAAAAAUCAAAGAACCAAAAAUAUAAGAAAUUCUUUUAUUUUGUCAGAAAUGUUUGAAAACAACAACAUCGUAUUAUCUACAUUAUUUAACGUUUGGUUCUAUGUUUCUUUUGUAUGUAUAGGCUUUUGACUAAGACAUUAUUAAUUCACAAAAAAGAAUAAGAAAUGAAAAGAACUCUAAAAACUUUUAUUAUACCCUGUGUAUGCCACAUAUGUACGUGAAGCUCGCCUGUGAUUCAAAAUUGAGUUACGCAACAAUUCGAUUGUCAGUAGGAUUAUCGAAUAUCCGUAAGAGUCGUGAUACCGUAAAUGAUGAAUAAAGGGACCAAGCUUUUCAAGUAUGAAUUAUUUGAUGUGAUUGAAAACGUUCAUGAGUUGGUUUCACACGAGAUUUUCUAUAUCACAGUCUUCUUGGCAUACUUCGGUGUCUCCACCAGACCGAAAAGUGGCGUAACGACGCUGAAUAGCAAAAUUUUGAAAAAUGCCUAUUUUUGUCAUUAGUAACCGACGAAAACAGUUUAUAUAAAAUGUGCUAAAAUGGAAGUUUAAAAAAAGAAAUUAAUUUUUGCUAAUUUGUAACUGACUUUUACAUUCAUUUGAUUAUUAUAAAUGUAUAACAACACGAACUACAUAUGCAAGAAUCUCUAGAAAAGAAAGACGCACUACAUAAGAUUAGAAUUGUUAAAUAAUGUUAAAUGUAUAAAAUAUUUGCUUUCAAGGUGCAAGAAUAAAACAUUUGGUGUAAAUGGA